ACGCAAAUGGCAAAUUUUCGUUCGUUCGUUAUCUAUUGAGAGCAAAUGUAUAACAGUUAAUGUACAAAUAGCUCAGACUUCAAUGCAAAUAAGUAACUCAAACAAUAAAUACGCGCUUGCGAGAGAGCUCGCAGCUCGAAAAGUUGGCCCAGUGCCCAACACAAUAAACCGCACUCAAAGUGAGUUACAAGCGCAGUGAAAUAAGCGAGACAAAGCUUGGCCAAAAGCAGUGCAAUCGCAGUCGACUAACCGUGCAGAGCUGAACACAGUUAGUUCACUUUACUUAAACGACAAAAAAUAUUUAAAAAUCAACUCACUUGUGAUGCAGCUCAAAGGGCUGCGAUUGCUGUUGCCCUUGUUGCUCUUUGCGACGACAUUGAAAGCCGCCGUCGUGCCGCUGGAUGUGACUCUUGGCUCACCUUUGGAUAUGGAGAAAUUUGGUUAUCUAGAGCUUAAACCGAAUGGCACUCUGCUCAUGAGCAGCGCACCUAAUCAGAAUGGCGGCAGUCAGUUGCAGAAUCUGUUGAUGCUGCGCAGCGUGUUGCAGGCAUUGAAGUUGCAACCAAGUGGCGGACAAGGCAAGCUGAAUAUCAAGAUCUAUGGCGAUGGUGAAGAGCAUAAGUUUCCGCCUAUAAUGGAGAAUGUUUUGCAGCGCAUUCAAACAUUCUUUUCCAUCUAUCGCUACACGGACACAAGUCGUCCGGUGCGCAAGGACGAGCUGACCACAAAAGCGACGCUGGAGACGAGCACGCAAACAACUACGGAGAAACCGUCGCAAGAGAAUGAACAAGAUAAUCUGCAGGAGAAUGACAUUGCAGCCACAGAGCAGCCAUUGAAAGAUGAUGACACUUGGAUUACAGUCGGGGAAGAUGAGCGAAAAAGCAUUGUUUAAAAUUUAUUUAUGACUCUUUAAAGAUGAGUAACAAAUCUAUAAAUUUAUUUAUGUCUCAAAUUAUAUGUAUUUAGAAUAA